CCGAGAACAUAUGAAAGGGGGAACAUGUAUGUUGACUCAAAAGCAGCCUGUCUUCUUCACGGGUCGCCUGUUUGCGCGGUGAGACAGACCAGAACGACCUCAAGGGACUUUUCUGUGUCCUUUGUUUUGCCGCGUGCGCUUGUGGAACAGCCAGAGAGGAUGUGUUUGUGUCUUCAGCCCACACCUGCAACAAGGAAACAAUUAUAUAUAUAUUAGUUUUUCCUGUUGUUGCGUUCAUUAAGUUUCCUCGUGUUAGCGUUUCCUUGUGUUAGGUUUAAGGACUCUCAUUGGAAUAUGCGACUUUUGCGUGACAACCUGGACUUGAGUUGGGUUUAGACUGUGACCUGGAGCACCACCUUUGAACCUGCGGCAGAACCUGGCUGCAGACCCAGCUGAUGUGUUCCUUGGUGAAGCCUCGCUGUUUCAGUCUGGAGUGACGCGCUGUGACGCUGAAGCGCAGAGUUUUUUGUUUUUUUUUAACAGCUUUCACUGACACCUGCAGUUUUUUCAUAGUCUUGCAAAAGCCUCAUUGUCACAGGCUGCUGACAUCGCAUCACCAUCCAACUUUUUUUUCUUUUCAGAUAAGCGCGCCGCGCGUCAUCUAACGUGCUUUUACGCACACUCAAAAAAGGCGUUUGAGCGCAACGCCGGGGUCGAGCGCAAGGGCAGCACCUGCCGCUGUGAGGUGGAGAAGAUAGAUUUUUUGUUUUAUUUAUUUUUAAGACAUUACAAUAAAGAGCAGAAAUCAAGAUGACGGACGGUCCGAGACAGAGAAGCAGUAUCGGCUCCGCCAAGGAUGCUGCCGGCGAGGGUGCUUCCGGCAAGGACUCGGGAGGAGUUGCGCUCAAGAAGGAAAUCGGGCUUGUGAGCGCCUGUGGCAUCAUUGUUGGUAACAUUAUCGGCUCAGGUAUCUUUGUCAGUCCGAAGGGAGUGCUGGAGAAUGCCAGCUCUGUGGGCUUUGCCCUGAUCGUGUGGAUCAUCACUGGCAUCAUCACGGCCAUUGGUGCGCUGUGCUAUGCCGAGCUGGGUGUCACCAUUCCCAAGUCGGGGGGAGACUACUCCUACGUGAAGGACAUCUUUGGAGGGCUGGCAGGGUUCCUGCGUCUGUGGAUCGCCGUGCUGGUCAUCUACCCAACCAAUCAGGCUGUGAUCGCGCUGACAUUCUCCAACUACGUCCUGCAGCCUCUGUUCCCCACCUGCUUCCCCCCGGAGAACGGCCUGCGCCUGCUGGCUGCCGUCUGCCUCUUGCUGCUGACUUGGGUGAACUGCUCUAGUGUGCGAUGGGCCACCAGAGUGCAGGACUUCUUCACAGCAGGCAAACUUCUGGCCCUCGGCCUCAUCAUCAUCAUGGGCAUCGUGCAGAUCUGCAAAGGAGACUACUACUGGUUGGAGCCAGCCAAUGCCUUUGAACCCUUCCAGGACUACGAUGUGGGUUUGAUAGCCUUAGCCUUUCUACAAGGCUCCUUCGCCUAUGGAGGGUGGAAUUUCCUCAACUAUGUCACAGAGGAGCUGGUGGACCCUUAUGUGAACCUGCCACGCGCUAUCUUCAUCUCCAUUCCCCUCGUGACCUUUGUUUACGUCUUUGCCAACAUCGCCUACGUCACAGCCAUGAGUCCUCAGGAGCUGCUUGCCUCAAAUGCUGUUGCCGUGACGUUUGGUGAGAAGCUGCUGGGAGUCAUGUCGUGGAUCAUGCCCAUUUCUGUGGCUCUGUCCACCUUCGGGGGAGUCAACGGUUCCCUUUUUACCUCGUCAAGAUUGUUCUUCGCUGGAGCCAGAGAAGGCCACCUCCCCAGCCUGCUGGCUAUGAUUCACGUCAAACGCUGCACUCCCAUCCCUGCGCUGCUCUUCACUUGUCUGUCCACUCUGCUUAUGCUGUGCACCAGUGACAUGUACACACUCAUCAACUACGUGGGCUUCAUCAACUACCUUUUCUAUGGAGUCACAGUCGCCGGGCAGAUUGUCCUGCGCAUCAAACAGCCCAACAUGCACCGGCCAAUCAAGAUCAGUCUGAUAUGGCCGGUUAUUUACCUCAUCUUCUGGGCCUUCCUGCUCAUCUUCUCUCUUUACUCUGAGCCCGUGGUGUGCGGCAUCGGCCUGGCCAUCAUGUUGACUGGUGUCCCUGUUUACUUCCUGGGAGUCUACUGGGACAACAAGCCACAGUGCUUUAAUUCUUUUGUUGGCAAAAUGACAUACUUGGGCCAGAAGUUCUGUGUGGUUGUUUACCCGGCUGAAAGUAAAGGCAGCAGCAGCGAGAGCUGCAGUGCAGCUGGAGAGGAAGGAGAGGAGAUGAAGGAGACCAGAUCUCCUCUGUCCAAGGACGACGGAGAUUCAAGCAAGACAGCGGACUGCUAAAGCUCCUUUCUAUCAUCACUCACCUUCCCCUAACAUAAACAGAUGCACAUGUGGGCGCACACGUACACAAAGACACAUGCAAACAAACAUGCGAUAGCCUACGUCACAGUUUGUCAUGGAUCAACACAUGUGUUUUAUUCAUUUUUUUCAGUAUUGAACUAACCAAUAGUUUCUUUGCCAAAUAUAAUCAGAGAUGACACGACCUCACACUUUUCUAUCUUGGGUCUCUCAAAAGUGCAAUAAAAGGUUGGAGCCUUCCAACUUCUGCGUACGUGCUCAAACAGACACAAUUUUACUAUUCUUCAUCAUCAUCAUCAUCAUCAUCCUGCUUCUAAUCCUCCCUCUUCCCCUCCACACACUGUCUGCACACUCCCACUGUAACGGUGACUUUUUAAUUAUUUUUUUUGUAUUAUUAUCAAGAGACUUUCACUGUUAUGCGUUGGCUACGCAAACACGUCUUAAUUUUAAUUAUUUGUUUUGGUCCCAUUGUAAACUUUCCUUUGUCGUACCUUCAACACACCAAAGCUACAUUUAGAUAGCACAAAAUUAUAUUCAGAUCAAACCAUUUCAGUUUCAACAAGUGCUGUUGUUUUUUUGUUUUUGGUUCUUUGUUGUUUUACUUCUUAAACAUGGCUGUGAUUCCAAAUUGUUUCUCUCUCUCUUUUUUUUAGUGAUUGUGAUAAUUGUUUAUAUCAAUUAACUUUGUUGUCAUUAUAGUUUUAAUAUGUACAUGUUUUUUUUUUCAUUCGACAUCAUAUUCUUUCGGGCCUAUUGUUUUUUUUAUUACUCUUGAACCAGCAACGUUGUGUGAGCUGUAUUUUGUGUUGGUAAAUGCUGCACAGUUCUUGUUAACUGCCUUAAGUAGGAUCAUUUCUGUACUCUGGCACCAUUAUUGUGGAAGAUACAUUGCUGCAGAAGCAUUUUCAGUUCAUAAAAAUCUGAAUUUUGACUUCUUGUAUUGACACUACACUCAUAAUGUUGUGUCAAAAGUGUAGGUUCAGCUUGGACACACAACUAGAAAGAAUAGUUAAAUCACAGUAGUAUAUUUUCACCUCAUAUGCAUUGUUAAUGUGCCCUACACCGACUCAUGUGAAUGCCCUUGUGAAUUAUUUUCUUUUUCUUAAAAUAAGCAGGCAUUGAUUUCAAGUAUUUUUUAGCCCACCAUCCAGCCAUGUUUGGAUAUUUUUGUGCUUUGUUUAGGGUGUAGAGAAAAAAAAGAGCCUUUCAUAAGAGAAUAUUUUUUGAUGCAUACAAAUCACUAGAGAUUAUUUUAUAGUGCAAUAUAAUCACAGGCACCAGCAGAAAAAACUGAACGUGCACCUCUGAAUGAACCCAUUCUGUGUACUGUGGUUAUAACUACAAAUGUGUGUGUGUGUAUAUAUAUAUAUCUAUAUAUACUAUUAUUGCUCACAACACUCCUUCAUAGAUAAACACAAAUGAUAUAUACUUAAAUGUUGUCAGUGGUUCUAUAACCUGUUCAUGUCUCAGGGCGUCCCCACUGCCUUCUCCUUACAUACACUGCCGAAACUCAACAGAGCUGACUCAUCGCUUCUCUGAAGUCCUGUUUGUGCUUAGUGUUUGUACUGGUGCUCAAUUUUUCAACCAAUCCCAAAUAGCAUCAGUGAAAUCUCACAGAGAUUGUCACAUGUCGACUUAAUAAAUCAAUUUAUGUUCCAUUAAAUUUGGGCCAGUACUGCAAAUGUUGCUCUUCUGAAAGUCUAAGGGGAACAGGGUGUCUUGGAUGUCUUUACAAAUACAAUGAUUGUGUUUUGUGCCUGUACGGUAACAGUUGUUGUGUAUUUACAUUUAUGCACAGAUUUCAUGACAGUCUGUACUUUGUUUUAGAAAAUUUUAAAAAAUAUUUACUUGUAAAUUGGGGCCUCUUUUAUGUAAAAAAAGAAGCUCCCUGUCAUAAUCCUAAACCUGUUAUCUUAUCAUUUGGCAUAAUUAAAGGUCCAGUGUGUAAGAAAUAGUGACAUCUACUGGUAAAAAGCCAGACUUACAAACGGAGGACUCCAUUUAUGACAUCUACAUCUCCCAGGCAUGUCAGGGAGCUAUGGUGGCCUUCAAAUACUUAAUAUGUGAAGUAAGCUUCCACUUCAAAAUGCACUUGUACGUUUGCUAUAAUACUUUAAAUCAAAUGUUUUCUAAGCAAAAUACUCAUACGUAUGGGUGACAUAUUUCAUAUCUGCCAAAAAGCCUUGUCCAUGUUGCACACUGGACCUUUAAAUUCCUGUAAUUUUCAAUGUUUUCAAUAAUGAGAAGAUGAUUAAGCACACGUAAACCCUCACUGUGCAUAAAUGAGGCCUGGAAAUGCUGCAACUUUGUGUCAUGUGGUCAAAUAGCUUAAAAUCUGAAGGAUGUUCACCAGUGCUGAUAUCUUUGACUGACUUGUGUAUCACCUCACUGUUUGGGGCCCCAUUAAGAGCUGCAACCUCAACCUUACUGUAGUUUAGACCAAAACAAUCCUUCAUCGUGGAGGAAAUAUGAUGUUUCCUGUUUUAACAGGCAUUAUGUAGAAAUGAUCAAGCAUCAAGCAUUUCCUCUUUUUUUGCAAUAUAUCAGAGGACAAUAAUAUAACACUUGGUGAGAAAGUUUAAAACUAAGUCAUUCUAUUGACACACUGGUCUUGAUAAGUUAAAUUGCCUUAGUUUACUGACCAUACCCUCAUAUCUCUCAAAACAUUUAUCUAUUUUUAUGUUGUAAAUGUACAUAUUGGUGUGUACAGUGUGUAUGUGUGUGACAGGAAUAAAAACUACACAUGUGAA